UUUCGAGCUUCCCCAGUCUUUCCUCCUUCUCUCUUUCACCGUCUGCCUCUCAUUCAUUCAUUCAUAUACGUUUCACACACAUAUACACACACUCCAGAACCCUCUUCUUCAUUUUCUGAUAAAGUUCCAAGCUUGCAAGUUUAAUCACUACAAAAAACAUGGUUAGCCCAAUUGAUAAAAUGGAGCAUCAAGAAUUUGGUCCACCAUGGUUGAUACCAAUGAUAAAAGCUGAUUACUUUAUUACAUGUAAAUUUCAUGGUGAUGCUAAUAAAAGUGAAUGCAAUCUUUACUGUUUGGAUUGUUGUGGUAACUCUCUUUGUUCUUACUGUUUGGGCCAUCAUAAAGACCAUCGAGUUGUUCAGAUAAGGCGAUCUUCGUACCAUAACGUGGUGAGGGUGAAUGAGAUUCAAAGAUUUUUGGACAUUUCAUGUGUGCAAACCUACAUUAUCAAUAGUGCAAAGAUUGUGUUUUUGAAUGAAAGACCACAGCCUAGGCCCGGUAAAGGAGUCACCAACCAUUGCGAGAUUUGUGGUCGGAGCCUUGUCGAUGCUUUUCGCUUUUGUUCUCUUGGUUGUAAGCUUAAUGGUAUGAAACGAGGCGAUCGAGAAUUAAGUUUCACACAAAAGAUGAGACAUGGCCACGCUUAUGACCUAGAUGAGCCGGUGACGCCCAAGAAGGGGAAAAGGUCAAAUUUUUACAACCAGUUUAUCGAAAAUCCAAUGUUCAACUUCAAUAUUAAUUAUGGGAGAAAUGGUAACUCUGACAUGUCGUGUUCGUCUAUAUCUGGAGACGAAGCAACGAACAUGUCUCCAGGGACCCCACCAAUAUUCAACCAUCGGAAUUCUAGCAGGAGAAAGGGCAUUCCUCGUCGGGCACCAUUUUAGAAAGAAAACACAAGCGCGUUAGCAUGGUAAUCUAUCCUCCAUAUGCCAUCCCUUGUGUGAUAGGGAUACUUAUACAUGGAGGUCAAGGGUUUGAGUUCCACUUUAUAUAUAGAAAGGUGAAUAUACAUAUGAACAUAUAGUAUAGUUGUGAUAAAGAUGAUAUAUAUACUUUGUUAAUAUAAGUUAGUAUAAGGUUUUGUGUUUGGUCA